AUGCAAACUGAUUGCAUUGUGACAGAGCUUAAUCGAAUCGAGGAAGAGGUGAAGAAGAUAAUAGUUAACAAACAGAUUGAUCUUCCACAAGCAAUACCCAAAUAUGAAUUAAAUUUUGGAAAUAUCAAUGUUACGAUAAGCAAUGCACCCGAAAGAGAAGCCGCACAAGUGACGCAUAAAAUUGAAUCAUCUUUAAAAGAAGAAUUGAAGACUAAUCAACAGGAACCAGACAUUCAGAAAAAUGUUUUACACGAAAAACUAGAUGAGAAUUCGUUUUCUCAUGAGGAUAGUUCACCAGAUAGUCUUGUACGAACUUCGUACUCUGUUGAUUGUAUGGCCAGCGAUGGAACUAACAUUAUGUAUACAAGCAUUUGUCAAGUUCCCCAUUUAAUUGCAUACUGUUACUUGGAUGACCGUGACGAAGUGGAUCCCUGUCGUGCUUGGUAUCAAUCACGCGUUAUCGACAUGAUUUAUUGGAAAAGUAUCAGCAAAUUUAUCUGUGCUACGGACAAAGAGGUUUAUAGUGUUGAAUACAACAAUAAAAGAUUCAAAAUAAUAUCUGUAAUUCGAGGAAAUAUUUGGUUGGAUGUACGUAUUGCGUCCAAUAACAAACAUCUAUGGUUAUGGAUUAAUCCUGGAAUGCAUAGCGGGGAUAUGAUUGAAAUCUACUCAACUCAGUUUCAACAUAUGCGUACCAUUAAGUUUGGAGAACCCAUAUUGUAUUGGUUUCGACGUGGAACUAGUUUUGCGACGACAGAUAAUUGUGUUGCAUCAAUCAAUAGACGUCCACAGAAUAAUGGUCAAGUGGUACAAAUUAAUAUCUUUAGCCUUGAUAUGGAACCAAUAAAAUCACAAGAUUUGGGCACAUGUACCGAUUUAGUACAGAUUCGCACCGAUGGGAUAAAGCGAUUUUUUGUAACUACUGGACAAACAAUAAUUCAUAGGCUGAUGGCACGAGGAAAGAAGGACAUAAUUGAUCUCUCGUAUGUUGGCAACUCUAUUGCUGUUCUCAAUAGCAAACGAUUUGUCGUCGGCGAUUCGAAUCAAGAUGUAGAACUCGUCCAAUUAUUAACAUAA